UAAGUAGCCAAUGGUUAAAUUUCAGGCUAUUAUCAACAAAUGGUUCACUUGUUAGUGACACGUAUCCCUGAGGUGUACGAGUCUACCGAAGCUCCACCCACACCUCUUGCUGAAUCACUCUUAAAUCUACUUAUGAAGCCCCUUACCUUUGCCUGUGCUGUUAAUGACUCAACACUAUUGUCUUGUGUGAUAGAAGAACUGUGCCAAGAUGUAUUUGGUGGGGCUGCCCACAGCCAGAUCUGUAACUUUGUAAUUCCUUGUCUAGCCUCCAGUUCUAAGUACAAGUUACCCAUGGACAGGAUAGUGGCUGUUUUGGGAAGUCGCUCAUUAAAGUUCCUUGACUCUUGCCCAGCACCUUCAUUAUUGUACUCUCUCCUCAUGCUUGUACACUCCAGUGCAGGCCUGAUGCACCAGGGUAGUAAUACCGACAGCACCAGUGAUGACAGCGAUAUUGGCAACACCAGCAGUGAUGGUAAUAUUGGUAGUACCAGUAGUGAUAUACUAGUUGUAUUUAUGAUGAUUUUAGUGUUAGUUAUAGCUAUAUUAGUAAGAACAGUGGAAACAUAUGGUAGGAGUGAUGUAAGUGGUUGGCAAGUCUGCAGGUGCCACAACACCUUUGUUAAGCUUUAGUCUAUUAAAUCUCCCUGUAAUUAUUUUUUUACUAUAGUAGUUGUCUAAUUUGUAUGUAGUGUAGAAGAUAGAUCAACUAGAAAAAUACUCAGUGUAGUGGCUGGAGCAAUUCACAACUAACCCUGAAAUUUGAGGUGAAAUUUGGCAGAGGGUUCAGUCCAUCCUGAGCUUUUAUCAUGUCUAAACUUCUUUAGUUUGUGAGUUGUGACAGGUUUAACUAUUUUGUUAACAGCAUAACGUAUGGUGGAUAAAUGAUGGCAAGUACAGUACUUAAUUUUACUUCACUGCCAUUUUUUUUUUUUUUUAUGUAUUACCUUUCUUACCUGCCAUCAUUAUGUAAAUAAUAUUUACAGUAGAAGUGUACUUUUUUAACACUGACAAUCUCCCACCAGGUUAGAAAAGGAAAUACAUUCCCUAUCAUUCAUUCACUAGCUAUUUUGCUGAAGUGUGCAGUCAUCACAGUUGAAAUGAUCCUGCAGAUUACAACAUCCCCACCUAUCCUAUAAAGUGCAGGCUCUGUACUUCCCAUGUCCAAAAUCAACUUGCCAGUUAAUCUUGAAUCCUUUUACAGUGGUUACUUUCUUCAUGCUUAACCCUUUGACUGUCGAAGGGCCCAAUCCUGAAGUUGCUCCUGGUGUCGCAAAAUAUUCGAAAAAAAAAAAAUUAUUUUUUCUUAUGAAAUGAUAGAGAAUCUUUUCCCGAUUGUAAAGACACCAAAAAAACGAAAUUUGAUGGAAAACUGACGGAAUUACGCUCUCGCGAAGUUAACGACUUCGGCGAUAUUUAAAAAUCGGCAAUUUCGCCCACUUUGAGCCCUAUUUUCGGCUAAUUCCGUUAUUCCAGUCAACCAAACUCAUAACUAUUUCUUCAGAACUCUAUUUUUUCUAUCGAUUGAGCACAAGAAACUGCCCAUUUACCGAUUUCAACUACCCAAUAACAUGUCAGAAAUUUGCAAUUUGGCCAAUUUCACGAAAAUUAAAAAAUACGACAAUUUCAAAAUAAGGUCCAGAAUGAACAAUGCAGACAUUCCUGGCUCUAAAAUAAGAUUUUCUUUGUUCAUCAGUCAUGUCUCCAGGUCCCUGUGAUAUUACUCUUGCUUUUUAUUUUGAAAUUUUAUUCAAACGAAAAAUAGAAGAUUUACUGUUAUGCAGACUACUGCAAUACUGUAAUAAUUGUAAAAAUUACAUCAACCCAUUCAUGACUGCGUAUUAGAAUGGCUAUUUGGACAUUUAUUGGACAAUGACAUCAUUUGUUUACUUUUGAACAUCGGCAAAAAUCAAACAUUUCCUGUACUUUGUGCUCCAUUUCCAGGUUCUUUUUAUAGUAAAAUUAAUCAAAAUCACCUCCAUUUCUAUAAUAUAGUUUCCAUUCUAUCAAAUGAGACCAUGAAAACGAGAAUACAACCACAAAUACUAUACGAAAAUAGACCACAAAGUUGGCAUUUUAAUUAAAAAAAACGGUCGGAGUUUUUUUUUCUCAUUAUGCACUGCGUGCUCCAGGAUUUUUUUUAUGUGGUGCACACUGACCACACAGACCCAUUCUCUCACAUGUGGGCCUACUAGCUUUCUCCUGCCUGAUUUGAAGCCGCUAGAAUUUAUGAGUAUAUAUACGUCAAACACGGUACCUCACAAACGUAUAUAUACGGCCGCGACAGUCAAAGGGUUAAUCCUUUCAGGGUCAUGACCUCUGCUCUCAAACUUGCUCUCAGGGUCACAAAAUUAAAAACAAAAAAUUCUUAUGAAAUGGUAGAUAAUCUUUUUCUGAAAGUAAUGAAACAAAAAGUACACAAUUUAAUGGAAAACUGACAAAAUUACACUUUUGUGAAUUUUGCUGUGAUAUUGAUAUUUUAUGCAUCAAUGAUUUUGUCCACUUUGAGUUCGAUUUUAGGCCAAUUCCAUUGUUCAGUCAACAAAACUCUUAGCUAUUUUUGCUAGUAUGACCUCCAUUUUAUCCAGUGAGUACAAGAAACUGCCAAUUCAACUAUUUAAACUACCCAAUAAAGUGAUCAGAAAUUGAUAAUUUGGCCAAUUUCACACACAAUUCAAUAAAUGCCAAUUUCACAGUAUGGUAAAGAAUAAACAGUGCAGACAUUCCUGGCACUAAAAUAACAUUUUCUCUGUUCAUUAGUUAUGUUUCCAGGCCCCUCUUAUAUUAUGCUUGCUUUUCAUUUUGAGUUUUUAUUCACACAAAGAAUACAAGACUUACUUAUGCAGACUACUGCAUUAUUGUGAAUUUUUUUUUUCAACGACCAGGCCAUAUCCCACCAAAGCAGGGUGACCUAAAAAGAAAAACUGAAGUUUCUCUUUCUAAAUUUAGUAACAUAUAUAGGAGAAGGGGUUACUAGCCCCUUGCUCCUGGCAUAGCUUACGUAGCUUACGUAGGAAGAAUUCUGUUCCACUUCCCCAUGGAAAUAAAGAGGAAAUAAACAAGAACAAGAAAUAUUAAGAAAAUAGAAGAAAACCUAGUGGGGUGUAUACAGCCUCUCCUUACUUAGUGACCUGCUUGUUUACCGACAACUCGGACUUACGACGGGCUCUCCAUCUG